AUGCCCGUCCCUUCAGACAAGGUGCUCGAGAAGGAGAUCCGGGGAGCAGUCAAGGCUAUUCUUGACCAAGGCAAUGAUAUCACAGUCAACAAAGUCCGGACACAAGUCGAGGAAAAGCUGCAUCUUCCCGAGUCCUUCUUCAAGGACAGCGCAAAGUGGAAGAACCGCAGCAAACAAGUCAUUCACAAUGCCAUAGAAGGCAACGGAAGUGACGAGGAUGCUGCAGAGGAGGAAGCGAAACCUACAAAAAAGACUGCUGCCAAGCGCCAGUCCACCGAGGAGCCCGAGCAGAAGCCGAAGCGCGUCAAGAAGGCGCCUGUGCCAAAGAAACCCGUAAAGAAGACCGCUCCGCCGAAGAAGAAGCAAAAGAAGGCGCCGUCUUCUGACGACUCGGAGUUGAGCGAUCUGGCAGACUCGGAAGAAGAGGAGAAGCCCAAGAACCGUGGUAAACAAGCGAGCAAGGUGGAUACCGAGUCUGAACUCAGUGAUUUGGGCUCCGAAGAGGAAGAGGAUCUGAAACCGAAGAAGCUUGCUGGAAGAGCCCACCCAAAGAACAAGGCGGCGGGUUCAGAAGAUGAUGAGGCAGAUGACGCCGAGAGCCAACCAGAGUCCCGCCCAAAGAAGCGCACAAAGCUGGAAUCUGACAAUGAAGAUGCAACCACUGGAGACAAACCGAAGAAGAAUAGCCCCGAUGGUGAUGACGAUGAUAAAAGGUCUGAAAACGCGCCAACUAAGGGCAAAGACAACAAGCCUGCAGCUGAGGAUGACGACAGUUCGGGGCUGUCAUCCGUCAUAGAUGAUGAUGCUCCACCCAAAAAGAAAGAAACCAAGAAGGAAGAGAGCAAGGCAGCUGUUGAUGAUGACAGUUCCGAUCUAUCGUCAGUCAUUGAUGACGCACCACCAACGAGACGCAGGGGAAAGGGUGCCAAAGGAGCCAACGGUUCAACUAAGCCCAAAGCCACAAAGGCCGCAAAGGCUGCACCAAAGGAAGUGACUGGCGAUGAGGCAGAGAUCAAGAAGUUGCAAGGUCAAUUAGUCAAGUGCGGGAUUCGCAAGAUCUGGGGGAUCGAGUUGAAGGAAUAUGGAGAUGACACCGGGGGCAAAAUUCGGCAUCUGAGGAAGAUGUUGGUAGAUGCCGGCGUCACUGGCCGCUUCUCAGAGGCCAAGGCACAGGAAGUUAAGGAGCGACGCGAAUUAAUGGCAGAUUUGGACGCCGUUCAAGAGAUGAACGACCUUUGGGGCUCCGAAGGCCGUGGUGGACGGGCAUCAAGAAGCAGGGCAAGCAAGGCCAAGGCACCCGUCAAGGAUGCUUCCGAAGACGAGGAGAGCGAAGCCGAGGACACAAAACCUCGCGUCUCGAAGCGACAGGCGGAUCUGGCGUUCUUGGGCUCUGAGAGUGAGGACAGCGACUAA